AUGUUCACUUCUGUCGUGAAGGAUAAGGGAUUUGAGCACGAUCGCUCCACCUACAAGUGCAUGGUGGAAAAACUAGGGGAGUUUGAAGCGAUGAAUAGAGUAAUUUCAGAGAUGAGAAGGAAAGUGGUGAACUCUUUGCUUGAAGGCAUUUAUAACAAGAAGGCCACAGCCCUUAGGCUACUUAGGAACUUGCCAGAAAGAGGGUAUGAUGUUAAUGCAAUCACAUACUGCAAUGUUAUUUGUGGGCUGUAUCAAGAAAACCUCCAGGUGAAGCAUGCGAGUUGUUUGAUGAGAUGCUUGAAAAGGAGAUGUCUUUUAGAGCAGCAGGCUUCUUGCAAAAGUUACGAAGAGAGAGUAUUCAAGAUAAAGGAGGCUAUAAGUUUGUCUGAGUUAUUGGAUAAGGAUCUGACUCGUGAUGUAAUUAUUUAUAAUACGCUUAUCUCUGGUCUCUGCAAGAACUCAAAGGUUGAUGAAGCGGAGAGCUAUCUUCUUGAAAUGGUAAACAGAGGAUGCUUUCCUGAUGAUUUCACAUACAACACAAUAAUUGAUGGGUAUUGCAAAUCAGCCCGGGAAGGUGAUAUAAAUCGGGCUAUAGAACUGUUCGAUGAGGCUUUAACCAAAGGCUUUCCGCCUGAUGCUGUUUUCAGUUUGUGUAAAAUGAGGAAUAUGUCUCUUGCUAACGCAGUCAUGAAUAAUGCCAUUGCUAAAGGCUUCUUACUCAACGUUUUCACCUUCAACAUAUUGGUAUAUGAUUUCUGCAUUGGUAUAUGA